AUGGGUACAGUUAUAGUCAAAAUCCUUGCAGCGCCUAUUGCUCCCUAUACCCAACUGCGUCACAUCGGCCAGCUUCCGCAGAUGAAUGCCCAGCCACCCUAUGUCCCAAAUGCCAACGCCAUUGGACGCAUCCACGCCGUUGGCCCAGACGCCGUACUUGCUAAGCCUGGCGAUCUCGUCUAUGUCGACUCCACCGCCCGCGCCCGCGAUGAUCCCGACAACGUCAUGAUCAUAAUCAGGCACCUAGGCGGUGCAGGCAAUUACCAGAAAGUUCCACUCGAAAACAUCUACCCCUUGGACGAGCACCGCCUUAUUGGCGAGCUGGGCUAUGACCCUGCUGAGCUGCUCUCUAUUGCGUACUACUGUGUGCCCGCCGGCUCGUUACUCGAGUGUGCUGAUCUCAAAGCCGGUGAAACCGUCAUCGUGGGGCCAUCAGGCGGCAACUUUGGCGGUCUGGCCGUCGAGAUCGCCCUUACUAUCGGCUGCAAUGUUGUUGCUCUUGGCCGCAGUACGAGUAAGCUAGCAGAAAUGCAAAGAAAGCUCAACCAUAAUCCGCGCCUCAAGACAGUGGUCAUGACAGGUGAUAGGGCUACCGAUGCGGCUUCAAUCCUGGCAACAACUCCUAAAGGCGCCGGUGCCGAGGUGUAUAACGACUGGUCGCCUGGCGAGCUGAAGAACCCGCCCUUCCUCAACGCCGCUCUGUGCGCCUUGAAGCCUGAAGGCCGGGUGAUCCUUAGUGGCGGAGCUAGCGAGACGUUGACAGUCCCUUAUGCAGCGCUUGUCUUUAGGAAUUUGAAGUUGCAAGGCAAGUGGAUGUGUGGGCGGUCGACCAUAUUGCAGCUGAUUAGGAUGAUUGAGGGUGGCCAGCUAAGAGUUGGGAGAGAGAGCGGCAGCGAAAUUAGAGUAUUUACUCUUGAUGAGCAUAAUGAUGCAACUUCAUUUGCGCGAGAGAAUGGCGGCUGGAGGAAAUAUACUGUUAUUGCACCUAAUACUUGGUAA